AUGCCAACACAGCUCGAGGCAAAAAGGCUGUCUGCCGCCUUCUCGGCGGCAACCGAGGCACUCACCACCUGGUUCAGCGCCUACGCCGCUGCCUCUGGCUCCUGGCAGCUCUCCACCGGAUCCAGCGACGAUUCCUUCGCCCUUGCCGAUACCAGCCGAGGCCACCUCGACCGCCCACGCGACGAUCGACCACCUCACGGCUCCGGCCUUAAGUCUGCCGCCGCUGUCGCCGCCGGUCACUCGACCAGCGACGGCUCACCCGCAGCCUCUCCCACCGGCGACGCCGCCAGCGCCGGCGCGUCGCCCGCGCUUCAACAUGCGCAAAUAAUACAAAGCUCGCUCCGUGACCGUUCAACACAAUAA